CCUUUCUAUUAUAUAUAUGGCUACUUCCUCAUCAACCUUCCUUCUCUCUUGUUUUCUUUAAUUAGGUUCCUCUCCAUAUAUAAUCAUAUCAUACCAAUAUUAUUUAUAUAUUGUAGUGAAAUUAAAUAUGUUAGAAUUUGUAGAACUCCCGGAUUGUUUUUACCCUAGGGAUGCAAUUACCAUCAUAACCCCAUGUGCUCCAACACCAAAGCAUUCACUCUAUCUAUCAAAUCUUGAUGAUCAAAAGUUCCUAAGGUUCUCAAUUAAGUACUUGUACUUGUUCAAGAAAUCAGUGAGCAUUGAAGCCUUGAAGUGUUCCUUGUCAAGGGUUCUUGUUGAUUACUACCCUUUGGCUGGGAGAUUAAGGAAGAACAAUAAUAAUGAUGACGAUGAUCACAAGCUUGAGGUGGAUUGCAAUGGAGAAGGUGCUGUUCUUGCUGAGGCUUUCAUGGAUUCAACUAUUGAAGACUUGAUUGAAGCUUCUAAGGUUCCAAACAAGUCAUGGAGGAAGCUUAUGUAUAAGGUUGAAGCUCAAAGUUUCUUGGAUAUUCCUCCUCUUGUUGUUCAGGUAACUAAUCUCCGUUGUGGGGGCAUGAUCCUGUGCACUGCGAUCAACCACUGUCUAUGCGACGGCAUAGGCACUUCACAGUUUCUACAUGCGUGGGCCCAACUCACCAAGAACCCCAACACUAAAUUGACCAUUAUACCCUUCCAUGGGAGACACGUGUUAAAAUCUCGUGAUCCCCCUCAGGUGAGGUUUCCUCUCCCGGGAUACACCAAAACAAAACCCACUCAACAAGUGGAACUCCUUAAGAUGAUGCAAUCUCAACCGUUAGUUGCCACGUCAUUUACCUUUGGAUCCCACCAAGUUCUUCAAUUGAAGAAACAAUGCAUUCCCUCCCUAAAAUGCACAACCUUUGAGGUCGUGGCGGCACACACGUGGCGCUCGUGGAUUGGCUCGCUUAACUUAAAUUCUGACCUCACAGUGAAAUUACUCUUUUCUAUUAACAUAAGAAAAAGUAUGAACCUCCCACAAGGGUAUUAUGGGAAUGGAUUUGUUCUAGGAUGUGCACAAAGUAAAGUGAAGGAUUUAGUGAAUAAUAAUAAUAAUAAUAAUAAUAAUAACCUUCAUCAUGGUGUGAAAUUGGUUCAACAAGCUAAGGCUACUACUUGGGACAAUAAUGGUGAAUACAUUAGGUCCAUGAUUGAUUUCUUGGAGGACAAGAAUGUGAGAACUGAUCUUUCUACUAGCAUGGUUAUAUCACAAUGGUCUAAACUAGGGUUAGAAGAUUUGGAUUUUGGAGUAGGGAAGCCAUUGCACAUGGGACCUUUAACAAGUGAUGUCUAUUGCUUGUUCUUACCGGUGGUCGGAGACCCCCACGCGGUAAGGGUUCUCGUGUCGGUGCCGGAGAGUAUGGCGGAGAGUUUCCGGCACCACAUGAUGGUGAAGGAAAGUUGGGAAAGUCAUCAUGAGGAUGUUAAUACAAAUGGAUAUCAUGUGCAAGAAAAGUUGUUUGUAUGAACUACAUAUAUCAAUAAUUUUAUAAUUCAAUAUAUCAAGUUGCACUUUUUA